CACGAUGCGGCCGCCCGCGAAGAUGGAGCGCCCCUGGCCAUCCUCCUGGUCGACUCUCAUGCAGUUGGUUCACUCGUCGCAGCACCAUCAUGGGGGCCGGCAUGCAUCUCGAGUCUCAUCCUUCAGCCAACACGCGCUUGUGCCUGGUGCACUGCACUCUCGCCUGGGUGUCACCCUGACCACCAUCCAUGAUAGUCCGCGCGUGUGACUGCACCGUCAGCCUUGCCCCGGCCUCACUCGUCGCCUCCUGCGGUCUCUUUCUUGUGGCCUGUUGCUGUGCGACUCCUUGCUAUGCCCUUCAAUGUUCCUCCUCUCAUCUGUCACUCAAUGACUGGCCAAGACUUGCCGUCGAGUCUACACGAUCAGUAAAGCAUCGCGCAGCCCCUGAGUUUCCAACGCAGCAAUGGCAGACCCAAGCACCACCCAAGAUGUGGUCGGCCCCAUAUUUCAGGACUUCGACGAGGCUUCAGUCUUUGAGCAGAUGGUCAACUCAUCUGCCACAGCAGACUGUACAAAUUUUGUCGUCGAAUUCGGCCACGACCGAGCCCGCGUCGCGCGCAAUCUCGAGCUGGGCCACUUCGAGAACCUGUAUCGUGAGCGGGACCCAGACUAUCCGAUCAGAUGGAUCAACAUCUGGGAUACGAGCAAAAAGCCAGAAGUCACCAACUUCCUCGGCGACCAAUACGAAUUCUCCCAGAGAAUGAUAGGUAUAAUGCAGAAUGCCAAAAAGUUUAGCAGCAUGGCCGCCAAGACAGAAUCGUCCGCAUCAUCAUCAUCGAGAAGGCCACACGCUGAAACAGCUGCCGCCACUCCCGCUGCUGCUUCUGCGCGUGGUGGUGCUGCGCUCGAGGAUGUGCAGCUCGUCGAUCUCGAGAAGGGGACUGCUGCUUCAAACACCCAGUCAUCCGCGGCAGCAUCGUCGUCGUCGGCAGCGGCUACUGCCCACGCCGCACAUGAUCAGAAGAUGCCGAUGCUAGAUGGUGACGAUGUGCGCUUGUUCCUGCUGCUCAAGAACAAGGUCAAUUAUUCAUCGAUUGACCAAACCCCCAACGCCCUCUGUAUUGGCGCGCACUGGCUACACGAACGCACACCACUGCCCGGCAGCAACGCUCGCAGGUCGGACAGCAGCAAGCCCACCUCGCUCAUGCCGCCAAAGCACUGGCUCUGGCUUGUCCUCGGCAACGACAAUACGGUCCUCUCGCUUCACGAAGACCCCGUGAUCGAAAAGGUCGAGGGCAUCUCGGCAUCGUCGCCGUCAUCCGCCUGGGCCAAAUAUCAGGCACGGUGCCUCGAGCACAUCCGGGCUAACACCCUCAGUGUGCUCCUGCAGCUCUCCGUGCACGGCUUCGAGAGGUACGCGCACAAGCCGCUGUCGCAGAGUUCGGUGCGGCAGGCAAUGUUGGUCAAGCACACGCGGCGCAUCGGCAAGAGUUCCACGGCGAUGCAGCCGCAGCAGAAACUCGAGAUGCUCAACGUGGAGGGCGCGAGUAAUUUGUUCUACUACCUGUUCGAGGACUAUGCCGCGGCCGCCACGUUCCAGGCUGCCGAGCAGACUCUGCGGGAGCUGACUCCGAUAGUGCUCGAGAGCGACACACGGAAAAUGAAACCGCAUACGGCAGGUAUCAUACCUCGACUGCACAGCCUCGGCAAGGACUUGCGCGAGCUCAAACACCUGUUUGAGAAUUACAAGGCCAUGAUCCACAAGAUUCUGCAGACCACCACGGAACACGUUGCAACGGCACAGCUGGGCCGUUCUGUGUCCGGGCUUGAGCAGCAUGACGGCAGUGACGCUGGCGGCGGUGGCGAGGAGGGCGUCAUCGUCAUGGCCAAGUCUGCCAGAGAGCGCUUCGAGAGGCUGGGCGAGAGGUUGCAGUGGCUGAUGCUGAACACGAUCCAAGGAUAUCAGGAUGAGACGAUUGCAUUGUCGGAUACGUACUUCAACCUGAUGCAGCAGAAAGAUACAGCCGCCACGGCCCGGCUGAACCGUAGCGCGACGCUGCUGGCGAAGCUGUCCGUCUUCUUCCUGCCGCUGAGCUUUGUGACGAGCUACUACUCGAUACAGAUCGAGGAGAUGUACGAGGCCUGGGUGACGUGGGACUUUGAGAAGGCCAUUACGAUCACGGUGUGUGUGUCCUUUGUGGCCCUCUUCUUCUUCAACAAGAUCCUCUUUGUCAUGAUUGAUGCGCUGGACAAGAUGGCCACUAAGGCCGAGACGCUGCUGAACAAAGGCUUCGUGGUCACUGGCGCUAAGAUGAGAGAGUCGACGCUGGCUAGGAGAACAAGAAGGAGGAAGGACGGAGAGGCGCGUGCCAUGGCUAGUCGGGAGGACUAGGUUUCGAGAAGACUAUUCAACCUUAGCUUGGCACUACCUUGGACAAGGCUUGUUGCUUCACGGGGGCCCUUGUUAGUGGGUGGUACUCCACCACAGGUCGACUGAAAGCUUCCUCCCCGGUAUAUACCCUAUUGUAUGGAUUCUUCGCUGGGCAUCACUGUCUUUCGUGACAAGGCAGAUGAUGGCCUGUAUACUGCUAGUUGCAAGGCUAGUCUUGUCCUUCUGCAGAGACUGGACUUGGGUUCCCCCGUUUCGGCACAGCAUCUGUGUGCAAACUCGGCGCCUGAUCCGAAGCCCUGCAUGUCGGGUGACAGCACUGCAAGGGCAGGGCGGAGAGGGUCGGGGGACCAAAAAGGCCCAUGUGGAGCCUAAUCACAUGCUUUCCUUCCCGAUCUGUGUAUUUAGUGGCGGCCCAUUGGGACCAGAAAGGUCGACGACUUUAGAAUGUAGCUUGGGCGG